UACAUAAAAGACUGCACUGGAAUAACCAUCGGAAACAAAUAUACCUAUUAUACUGGGCCCGUCAAAUAUAAUCAGAACCAGUAUUCCUCUAAUGCUAAUACCAAGCAGCUAGACGAUUUGCUUGAAGAAGAUCAACCGGAAAUGGUCGAGAAAGAUAAUGACAUAGUUUCAUUAAUGGAAUGCACUUCUAAGCCUACCCGCAAGUAUCUAUUGCAUACAGCGGCGUAUACUGGUAGGACAUGGAGGAGGACUUUCGUCAAUAUAGGCAUAGACGAGCAAAUCAUCGAAAACUAUCUUUACGAGAAUCCAAGGGAACCUAUACGAGAGAUCCGCUACCAAAUACUACUAGACUGGCUACGCAACUCAGAGAACGCCACAUUAGGCUAUUUAUCGGCAAACUUAUGGGAAAAUGGGCACAGGCAAUUGGUAAACGAACUCGCUAGUAUGUACAGAGAAGAAAGACUUAACGAAGAACCAGAGCUCGAAUUAUGAAUGGUCAAUAAAUAUGUGUACUCAUUGUGAAAAUCUAGCAGCCAAGUUCUCGCGAACAUCGGCUGAGUAUGUUUAAAGUCUUACGUGAAACGUAUCGGUCGUACUGCUUUUGAUACGCCUUGUUUAAUUAAACUUAAAGAAAAUAGUACGAUGAUAUAGAUGCGAAGAGAACAUUUAAAGAAUAAAUUUAUGUCAUAAAUGUAAACUUUCCUAAAGUGAUAUUGAUGAUAUUUACGGUAUCGCUUAUUCGCUCGCUUAUUUGUACUGUGAAAUCACUAUCCUUUAUAAGGCAAUACUGGAAUUGUACAACGAGCUAAUACAAGAUGUUAUAUGAAAGAUGUAUAGUGAAAGCAGUAAUAGAAAACAGUAUAGUAACAAAAUUAUUAGCUGAAAGUUCGGAUAAGAGGAAAAGACUUAAAAAUGUAGAUAUAGUUAAUAUGUACAGUUAGUUACAAAUUUUCUACAAAGUUGAAUGAGAUGUCAUGAUUUCCUUCCAUACAGUGAAAAAUUGUGGAAUAGACGUCAUUUUAUAGUUUUUUUUUAUGAUGUCAAGUAACGAGACCUUAGAGGAUGGAAAAAAAUAAAGGAAGGGACGAAGAUGUAGCGAGUAUGGCUUUACGCAACACGUGUACCCACAACAGUUGCAGUGCCAUUCACAACUUUAAGUAUCGAAGGCCCGAGGCGCGCUGCUACUACGCCGUCGUUCCACCAGCUUCUUACCCUUAGAAAUCAAAACGCAGUAGUGCUCAUAUUUCUGCUUGGCGGCAUAAAUUGUUUGUCAGCAUUACUUCCCGAACUCGAACUCUUUCAAAGGGAGCUUUAUUGUUACUAAUAUAAAAAACAACGGAAUUUUGUACCAACGUUGUGUUUGUUAGUAGUGAUUUAUUGGAGUGUAGAAAAGUAUU